AUGGAGCCGACGUCGGGCUCCCUGGAGCGCACCCUGCUGGGCCCGGGGGGCAAGUGGCCGGCCGGCCUGGGCCCCCAGGUCCCCUUCUCCCACCUGCGGGUGCGCCGCUGUCUGCGCUGCGGUGCCUUCGGUGUGGUCUACCGCGCGCUGCUGGAAGGGCGGCCCGUCGCACUCAAGCUGCUGCUGUCGGAGGAGGGCGUGCCCACGGAGCUGUUCAUUCAGGAGGCCGCAGUACUUGCAGCACUCGACCACAGGAGCAUAGUCAGACUUGUUGGCUUGACGGUUGUGCCGGCCGGAGCACAGGGAAUACCUGAAGCUUCUUCAGUUCCCAGGCUGGCAAUUGUUGAGGAUUUCUUUGAGCGGGGAAAUCUGCAAUCACUGAUCCUGAAUCAGAUGGUGUCACCAUUCACAUUAUAUUCCAUGGCGACGGCGUUGGACUUGAUGAUCGACAUUGGCGAGGCGCUCGAGUAUCUGCACAGUCGAUGUCCCACCAUCAUCCAUCGUGACGUCACUCCUGGGAACAUCCUUCUGACCAAGGAGAACAAAAGACUGAAGGCCAAACUUUGCGAUUUUGGGGUUGUUGCGCUCAUAGGAGAGGGCGGUGAGCGCAUGGAAAGGAUGCACACGGGGCUUCAAGGAGAGCUACCCAAGCGCUCGAUUUCACGGGACCUAUGUUCCACCAUCUACCAUGAUGCCCCAUCCACAGCGGACGUGGAAGUGCCGCAACCCGCUCCUUGUGGCCCCAGAAAUGGACAUGUGGUCUCGAUUCCACCAGUGUGGGACAUGACAGGCGAGACGGGAUCGUACUGCCACAUGUCCCCAGAGAAUUUCAGGAGCGAGCCGUACGGAGAAACGGCCGACACCUUCAGCUUCGGCAUGGUGCUCUACGAGUUGUUUGCCAGGGAUUUGGUGGCCUUCUCCGAUGCGAACCCAGACUCGCCCUACUCGGCCAAAGAGUUCGCCUACCGGCUGUCCAAGGGAUACCGGCCCUGCAUGCCCUCGCACAUGCAUCCUGAGGUCGCGAGCGUCAUUCUGAAGUGCUGGAAGGCGGAGCCCUACCUUCGGCCGCGAAUGAGGGACGUCGUCGCUGAGCUGAAGGAAAUUCGGGAGUCCGGGGUGCUCAGGAAGGAGAGGAGGCGCUGCUCACUGAUGUGCUGCUGUUGA